CCAACUUGAACUCCUUGAGCAUAGACCAUUCAGCUUGUCCAAAGUACUCGCACUUGGCUCAUGGAGCUCCCGUGAGCAUCAGUGCCUAGCACUUCGCUCCCUUUUAGCUUUCGUGCAAGCCACUGGACUCCUCGAAGAGAUCUAAACGACACUCCGACCUGUCGUCGCUUCGCGUUCACCAUAAUUCAUCCUCUCAUAUUAACCUCUGUGAAGUGGGGUAGGGUCCCGUGGCUACCACGGGGAAACAUUCCAUGUCAUCAUCACUUUUCCUGCAUUUAUUGUUGUUGUUGGGAGACGACUUACACGGAAAAUGAAAAAUUUAACAAAUGUAAAUGGCCAGCGUAUAUGCUUAGCCAAUGUGGUUGAAAUAGGAUUUACGAUUUUUUCGUUUGAUCUCAUUUUCAAAUCCGGAAUCAACAAAUAUAAUUGAUAAUUGAGUGUUCGAGCCAUAUCCCGGGAUAUAAAAGGUGCAUCGAUAUACGGGUGGGAUGGUUAUUGACUAUGUCGUAAAACCUAUUUUUAGGAAUUUGGUAACGUCGUGCUCUCGUGAAAACACAUUUAUCCUUCAGGGAAUAUAAACUUUUUGUAGCGCACGUCCUGUUGAUUGACACUAGCAUAGAUGAAGAGCCUAAAGAGGAAUCGUGACCUUAGAAAGAUCGACUUCUUUGAACCAGCAUUUAUGCAAGCUUCAGAAGCAAAUAGCUUAGUGAAGUCUCUCCUUUCAAAUCGUCAUUGUGAACGAACCACACACAACACAAUACGAAAGCUGACAUUCAGAGGCGGAUCCUAGUUUUUCUGAGAGGGGAGUCCAGCCUUGCCCAGCGCGGUAGAUACGAACUCGAGGUCAAUUAAACACUAUGUUAAUACAAAAACUGAGGGGUGGGGUCAGGAUAUCCUGACCCCCCUCCCACUCUAGGUCCGCCCCUGGUGACUCACAUUCAUCUAUUUUUCUGAGCAGGUACAAACCAUUUGCUUGUCCCCAACUUCCGCACACUUGAGAGGACGUCUCUGGGUUUGGAAUCCUCGCGUAUUUUUAACGGAUGACAUGUAUUUUGCCUGACGUGUUAUCGGUCCGAAAGCGAGGCAUUACCUUCCCAUUAGAACCUACCUAAGCCUUUUGAAAUGUCAUACAUAAAAUAUGUUGCGUACAGGCAGGAACGCGUAUUAUACGCAUGAAGACCCAACCCUUAUCGCAAGAAAAGACAGCGCCCCUCGGAUUUCUCAUCUCUGAAAAUGCGACAGACGGGGUACAAGGUACAAGUGCACAGAGUGGACAGAUAAGUGCGCAUUAUCUGCACGCCGUGCCAUAUCCUCUAUUUGAUGCUUUCCUGUUGCAACCCUGUCUAUUCAGUUGCGCAGUGGCAAGGCAGCGAGAAACACGACUGCUUUCUGAAGUGAGCAAAGGCCCGGUCAGCUUUUGGAGCGUACAUCACAGCUGAACACAUGUAAGUCUCAGAACCGUUACCUUCGAAGAGGAUCUUCUCGCCGUAUAGUUUGUGAAGUUCUGUUCCGGAGGACAGCCACUUUGGCGCCAAACCAGUCGUUCCUCCAGGCUGCGACGCUCCACUGAUGCGCAGCCCCCGUGUGCAACCCGUCCAACAGAAGCUUCUGAUACUGGUUCUUCCGUCCAAGCUUGCCAUCCCGUCGCACGUCUCAAGGGAAUGUGCCCUUGAAAUAAAAGCACGCAACUAAGAGGACCCACAGGGCCUGGAGAGAAUACGAUGGACGAAGCAGGAAAGUCGUCUGGCUCUAGCGUCAGCAUGGAGAGGUCCCACGAGACGGCACCAAUGCGGAAAGCGAUGCAUGACGCCAUCGACAGAGGAAACUUCGGUGACGUGGAAAAAUGUCUCAACGAGAACAAAGAUCUCAGGCAGUGGUUGGAUCCGGAGACUGAGAAAUCGGCUUUGCGUAACGCGCUAAAGAAGAAAGAACUUAAAAUAUCUGCACUGCUAGUGUCUCGUAGCUGCAGAUUUAACGAGGCGAACAAAAACAAAGAAGGAAAACUCUUCAUGAAGCUGACUCCCUUGGAGAAAAGCGAAUAUCAUUAUCAACUGCGCCUACUCGUACACACAUGCGACCCCAUUCAACGACUACUAUGUAAAUCGUCAAGCAAAACGAGUGACAUGUUCGAGACCAAAGUUAAAGAACUGUACGAAAAACUGUACGAGAUCCCGAUGGUGGACACUAUCCUCCGGGUUGUUGCCACGUCCCUCUGGUUAGAGGUCACAUUCGACUUUCACAGCAACAGAUUGGUCUGUAUGCUGGGGAACGAUUACAGAGCCACCUUGGGCGUUACUAUGCUUCGAGAGGAACAAAUCUACCUUGCAGCAAAGAUGAAUGACGAUGAACUUCUAGGAACGAUGGCUCACGAGUUUUGUCAUGCUGCCCUGGGCAUGGUGUACGAAAAUAAUGGAAAGCCAUUCGAGCAAAAUGACGGGGCGCGCAGAAACCACUACCAACGCAUUCUCAAUGAGAUCGAGCCUGGUAUGUGUAAAAUGCACGAUGUAAUAGCGCAGGCAUUCCAUAACACAUCUGUUAAAGAAGAGGAACUUGUGGUGCGAGUUCCCCACCUGCUCGCACUGAUGCGUUUUCGAAUGCACGGCACCCACGAGGCACACAUGCCAUCAGGGGAAGCUCUUCUGCAGGAACAAGUUCCUAAAUUGUUCGGUUUUUUUAGGGAUAUCAUUCUUCCAGAUAUGGAAGAGUUCAUCAGCAAAAAUCGUCCGGAAAAAGACAGACAGCAAAUAAGGGAACAAAACCAGCGACUUGGUAAAGCUGACAAGAUACGAAGCCUCGGAAUAGAGUUUAAGACCAAGCUUGAUUUACAAGAUUACCCACUUCUCGUUCUGACGGCUCCUAACUUGUCCUUCCUCGAAAUAAUGAUCUACGACGCGGUUACAUUGAAGAGACAGUCGUAUGUAUUCCUCGAGUUAAAGAACUGGGACGGUGUUCUGGAAGAAGCGUUGUUGAAGAACAAGUGCAGCUAUGUCAUUAUUUCGUCUGGCAGAAAACAUUACCGGCAAGGGAAACGUCGAAAUGCGAAUACAAAACUGUUAAAGGAUUUGGCUACAAUUAGGGGCACCAAAGUGAUUGUGCUGACUGAAAAUGCUGAGCAUGAUAACUUCGUGGAAGAGAUUAAUGAUCGUUUAGGAAAUAGGGCACACGUCCUUGCCGUGUCAAAUUGUACGCUUUCCGACGUGACAGAUAAAUGCAAAGCGGACUCGUUGAAAUUAUCUUAUGUUCGGCUUCAAGACGACAGCGACCUAUCAAUUUGUGAGCUAAUGACAUCAAGAGGCGAAAGAGGACACGUGAACCUAGACGAACGGACUGGGGACAGAUUUUCGGACGUACUGGACGAAAACACGUUUCUAAAGUUGUGUCGAGAGAAAACAGUUGAUGUAGGACCCAAACUCAAGACGCUGGACAAACAUAUAGCUAGCUACUACGUUGAACGCACAUGCGAACGAGUCACUCAGGUGGACCUGAGUCUGGCGUUACGUUCUCUGACGAACGAAUCAUUUGCCAUCGUGGGUUCCUGCGGCAAAAUCCUCGAUGCAUUGGUUCCUCCCGGGUGUCAUGCGAGCUGUCACAGCCAAGUGAAACGGUUCGAGAGAUGUGUGCUGCUGGAUAAUGCGGACGAUUACGACACACUUUCCCAAUUCGCUUGCUACGAAGAAAAGACAGUCCACCUUCUUCAGUACGAUUCACAAAGCUCAGAAUUCCACUGGGUCAGAUCCAACGGGCCUCUUGAACCUCUACUGGAAGCGGUUUCCGGCACAUGCGAGGUUCAUGACAUGGAAGCAUUGAUCCGUGACGUUCCUGGUAAGGUCAUGGUCAUUUGUGGCGACCCAGGAAUGGGAAAAAGUGUCAUGUCAUUGCGCAUGGCUCAGCAUAUAAAAACUAUGGAUAAAAUGGCAUGGGUGCUCCAUGUUGACCUGCAAAAGAUUGAUAUUCAGUCUGUGGAUUGCAGCACCGUUGGAGAUAUGGUGCUUGCUAAAUUCUGCGGCUUAAAGCAGGAUACCUUCGAGUUCAACCUUCUCAAAAGGAGUAUUUCGAGUGGUUGGCCGUUCAAAGUUGUCGUCAUCUUCGACGCAUUUGAUGAAGUAGUCGCCCAAGUCCGUAAAUUUUUGAUGGAAUUAGUAGUCGCCCUGCGAAAAACUAUGAUUUCAAAAAUAUUUUUGUUCGGCCGGAAUUGCUUCAAGCCCGAAUUGCAACACAAGUUUCACACGAUAGCUUUCGAAGUCGUUGGUUUCAGAGAUGAAGAACAAGUCCAAUAUUUGAAACGGUUUUGGAAACGGAAUGGUCGCAAAAUCGAUGAUGAGAAACUGGAUUCAUGCGCCCGCAGAUCCUUAGGAAGGUUUUGUUCACAGUGGAACGACAAGCUCACAAAGAACCCCUUGUUUGUUCACAUGAUUGCAGAAAUCGAUGAAGCACGAGUCGAGCACUUCGAACAAGGAAACCCCGAAGAUGAGAAGCCUGUACGCACAGAAAAAUACAGCACCUUAGACAUCUAUGAGGAGUUCGUUGAAACUAAGCUCACAAUUUAUCAGAAGAAACAGACAGGCGGAACAGAUUCAAACAAAAGCCUCAUAGCUGUACAGGACGAAAAGGUAAAGACAAGGUCAUCCCUGUACGAGGAUCACGGUCUUCUCGCUCUCAAAGUCGUUUUCAACCAGGAAUUGCUGGCCAUGUUGCUAAGCAAAAAGGAGCUGCGGAACCUUGAACCUGGUGGAACGCUAAUGAAACGUGUCGUUGAUGGUUACCUUAAGCACGGAUUGAUAGACGGACACAACAAGGGAAUUCCUGUGUUUGUGCACAGAACAUUUGCCGAGUUUUUCGCAGCAUGUUUUCUUGCUAAUGAGGUUACGGAGGAAGCAGACGCGGCCGGUCGCGUCACAAAGAUAGUUGCCAGCAUGUACAGAAAUAUCGAUUAUGACGGAAUCCUCAACUUCUUCGAUGCAUUGGGAGCAAAGUCUCACGCACUUCACUGUCAUGUCAUGAACAAUGACUGGCGUAGUGUUGAGAAUGUUGCAGAGGUGCCCUUCAGCCGCGACGGGUUUCUAAGGUCGCCAGUGCAUAUAGCAGCGUUGCAUGCAGGUGAAGUGAUAUUGGUCGCGGUUACUAGAAAGCACGGUAAGCAAAUAGCUGAGGAAUUGCUAGAAGAAGACGGACUUGGAAUGACACCUUUGAUGUACGCGGACAGCAAGCGCGAUUGGCAAAGAGUGAAUGUAUUUUGCACAAUGUGCAGUGAAAAGAGCGUGAACUGGGCGAAACAACUACCUGUUUCCAUUAAAAACAUUAGAGAAGAAAGAGACUUCGCGUAUUCAGUGAUACUUCAUGUCGUGUUAUGGAAGUGUACAGAACUCUUCAAUUGCCUUUUAAAAGCAUGUUCCGAUCUGAAGACAGCCGAACGGCCCCUUGUUUCGGACACCCAAGAAAUGAGACAUGGGCAAGUAACGAAGGAACCAGUAAUCGACGUUGAUGCAAUCAAGUGCGACUUCGAACACACGCCUAUAUUCCACGCGACGUCGUAUGAAGUCUUCAAGGUUCUGUUACCUCAUUCGGACAUUAGAGCCCUCGCCAAACACGACUCCACACUCUUACACGUGUACGCGGCGGUGGGAGCACACGAUGCUUGCAAAUACGUUCUAAAUCGUCUACCGAGCGAUGCACCCAAUGCAGAUGGUCAGACGCCGCUGCACAUGAGUAUUAUUCAUGGUAAUGCGGACACUGUGGAUAUCCUGAUACCUCAUGCGGCAACAAAAGAUGCAUGUGACAAAAGAAGAAACACAGCAUUGCAUCUGGCAGCUGUUCCCGAUUCCAUUUCUGAAAGAGGGACGCUCUGCAAUUGGCUGCUUGGGGACGUGUUCUGCAGUGAGUCCUCAACGUCGAUGCACGGAAAUGCCUCAGUAGUGCAAACAGAGGUAAUGGAAAAGAUCCUUCCCCAUGUAGCUACCACCGUUCGUAACUGCGAUGGUGACACUGCUUUGCACGAGAGUUCCAACAGCGUUUUCGUGAGUUCGGUGAUGCUUCUGCUACCCUAUUCAGAUGUAGAUGUGAAAAAUAACACUGGCGAGACGCCACUUCUAAGCAGCGUUAGUGGACUAUCCUUUGAGAGGGAUAUGAUCAAUAUACUCGGCAGUGAAGACGGCAGUACUGAGAACGCGCGAAAGAGCAACGCCUUUGCAAAGGAAAACAUUAAAAUCACGAAGCUGCUUUUGCCCCAUUCACUCGUGAAUGCUGCCGAUGAAGAUGAUUGCACUGCACUUGAUCGGAGUGUUCGUAGAGGAAAAUUGGACGUAGUAAAGCUUUUGUUUCCUCAUUUUUCAGCCAAUUCUUCAGACAAACAUGGACGAACCUUGUUCCACUGGGCUGUCAUAAUGGGCCACUUGGACGUUGUCAGUUUCUUUCUUCCCAGGAUGUGUAUCAAUGUACGAGAUGACCACGGUGCUACUCCACUCAUCUACAGCGCCCUCUAUGGCCAUAACGACAUCGUGAAGGUUCUCCUUCCUCUCGUAUCGACCGACGUCCCUGACACAUCUGGAUUACUUCCGUUGCAUUAUUCCGCCAGGCGAGGCCACACUGACAUUGUUGAAUUUCUUCUUCCCCAUUCAUUUGCUUCUAAGUGUGCGGAACAUGGUUCCACCACGCUGCAUCUUAGCGCGAGCGAGGGUCGCGUAGAAACAUUGAAAGUGAUCCUGCCUCACUCAGAUGCUGUUAUUUGUGACGACGGCGGUGAUACAGCUAUCCAUGUGAGCGCGUACGGCCUCUACUGUGACGUGGUGCAACUAUUACUUCCUUAUUCAGAAGUAGAUGCCUCGAAUAAGUUGGGGAAGACAUCAUUUCUGCGAGCAUGUUGCGAUUCCGACCAACGGCAACAAGAGAGCCCCGCGGGGUGCAGCGGAAGCAGCAGCAUGCUUGGAACGCGAAACGUCAAAAUAAUCAAACUCCUGCUGCUCCAUUCGGUCGGCAAUGCUACCGAUGUAGGAAACUGCACUCCACUUCAUCUAAGUGCUCGCGGAGGAAACUUGGAUGUAGUAAAGCUGAUGUUUCCUCAAUUACCAGCCAAUGAUACCGACAAACGUGGACGGACCGCGUUACACUGGGCUGUCAUCAUGGGCCACUUGGACGUUGUCAAUUUCUUUCUUCCCAGGAUGUGUAUCAAUGUACGAGAUGACCACGGUGCUACUCCACUCAUCUACAGCGCUCUCUAUGGCCAUAUCGACAUAGUGAAGGUUCUCCUUCCUGUCAUAUCGGCCGAUGUCCCUGACACGUCGGGAUUAAUUCCGUUGCAUUAUUCUGCCGGCGAAGGUUACAUUGAAGUUGUUGAAUUUCUUCUUCCCCAUUCAUUUGAUCCUAAGGGUGUGGAACGUGCUUCCACCACGCUGCAUCUCACCGCAAGUGAGGGUCACGUAGAAGCAUUACAAGUGAUUCUCCCUCACUCAGAUACUGUUAUUUGCAAUGACGACGGUGACACUUCUAUGCAUCUGAGCGCGGCCGACCACCACUGCGAUGUGCUGCAAUUGUUACUUCCUUAUUCUGAAGUAAAUGCCACGAAUAAAUUUGGCAUGACAGCGCUGGCGUACAUUUUCGAAAAAGACGUCCAGCAGUUUGAGAAGAAACGUGAAAACAGCGAGGAGAACAGACAGAUGCAAGUGCCAGAAAAGAAAGACAUCAAAAUGAUCAAGCUGCUGAUGCUCCACGCGGAUGCGAACGUUGUUGACGAUGAAGGACGAACUGUAUUUCGACUGGCUGCCUCUCUCAGAUGGUUCAAUAUAAAGAAGCUGUUUCUUCCUCACUUAGAUGUUACCUCUCUUGGAAUUCAAGCAACACACGAGGAUGCCGUGGAGGCGCUAAGUUAAUUGUAACAAUUCCUGACUUUGUUCGGGCUACGUUGUUGCACAGGUAUUUGCUCUGGUGAUCAAUAACAAAGGGUCAGCAGCUGUACAGAAGCGGGUCCGUUAUUCAGCGACUGAAUCCCAGUGACCUGGCGCAGUUACGAAAUUGAGAUACAUUUAUGUCGGCCUGUAACAAAGUAUGGCGGUACGUUGAUACACAUAAGUAACGUAAGUGACUAAAUGUUAGUUGACUGGCAGUAUAGCAAGCGAUGUCCUUCCCCCUGGAAGCUGUGUAUUUUGAGCAGGGUUGCGGAAUGGGGCCCCCAAUUCCUUUGCGUGGAACGGAGAUUUGUGAUAAUUCCAUUCCUUUCAAUUCCUCGGAAUGAAAGGUAUGGGCAAUCCCCACUCCUGGAAUGGGCUCGGCAACCCCAUUCCAUUCCGCCUUCAAUAAAAGAAAAGGGACCAGUAACCAUACUGGCUAGCCCAGCAGCCACCGGGUCCCCAGACCAUUCCAUUCCAAAUCCAUUCCUGCGAAAAACCGCCUACUUCCAUUCCCAUUCCAUUCCUAGGACAGUUUCCGCCAUUCCAUUCCAAUUCCAUUCCGGGCUCUGAUAAAUCUGGAAUGAUUCCGGAAUCAUUCCAACACCGGAGUGGCAACUCCGCAACCCUGGUUUUGAGUGUAACCAUGGACAAGCCGUGCACAACUAACAUAUUUGAACGUUCGGCUAAGCCUCAGAGGCAUUUGGAUCGUCACGUUGCAUGUGUAUAUAUCCCCAUAUAGGGUUUUGGCAUCUAUCGCCGUGUAUAUGUGCAGCUUUAUUAAAAUAUUAGAAUGAAAA